CUCGGCGCAACCUCUCUCUCAUAGGUGGCUAAACCAACCUCGUUGCAUCGUGUCAAUUUGUUGCUCUAUGCCAAUACAAAAUAAGAUACGCCAAACCUUCAUUUGCCAGAUGAAAACGUGAUAAAUCUGCCAAUCAUUGUACUAUACUGUUACGGAGGAACAGCAAGCACCGGUACAUACCGGUAGCAUCUGAACUGGAACGCGUUUUAAGGCAUUGCGACUACACUAUUAAUUCAUUAUUGGUUACAUAUCGGCACGUUCUAUUUGGAAAUGAUGCAAUUUGUAUUAUUGCUACGGGUGACUACAUGCUAGUGUGUUGCCGCAAAGUAUGUUUUAAGUUUGUUUUCUUUUGUUUGUGAUUUGUCGAUACGUAACCUUUAUCAGAAAACCGUGGCUUCUGCAAUACACUUGUUAGUAUCGACAUUGAGCUUGCAUUGAAAAGCCCGUCACACAGUGUCUGGAAACAAGGAGAAUUUAGGGAAAAAAAUUGAAAAAUCUGUAUUUAACACGACUGGAUUAUUGCUUUUGCUCCAAUUGCAACGUGGUUUUCUUUGAGCAACACCCAGGAAACAUAAUCUGCCUCAUAAAACAAGAACAAACAACAUAGAAGACACUAAAAAAGAUCUGUCGCAUGAGAGCGUAAUGUGGUUUGCUCGUAACUGGGGCACCGAGUCCACGAACCAUGCUACACAUAGACCGUAAAGCGAAUAUCAACAUUUUUUCCAUCAUAAUGCUGUUUUUAAACUUUUUACUGAUCACAAUGAUAAUUGGUGUAAAUGGAAGGGCUGGGAAUGAUAUGCGAUCAAGAGGUAGUGGGACAUAUACGCCAUCAAAAAAAAGUCAGACGAUUUGUCGGAGCUACCCAGCCCUCACCAAAAAACAAAUGAUGCUAUGUAGACGGCAUCCUGACAUUGCUGCAGAGGCUAUCAAAGGCAUUCAGAAAGGUAUAUCAGCAUGUCAGAACCAGAUGCGGAACAGGCGCUGGAAUUGUUCAGAACUUCAAACCAAGAAUGGAAACCCUUACACACACCCAAUCAUGAGACGAGCUUGCGAUACGGCUAUAGCAGCAUACGUGGAAAAGAAAUGCAAGUGCCAUGGAAUGUCAGGAAGUUGCCAGUUAAAAACAUGCUGGAUGCAAAGUCCAGACUUCGGUGAGGUGGCCAAGAGAUUGUACAAUAAAUACCAAUCAUCCAUCAAAGUCAGAGCCGGAAAUAAAAAUGGCGGGAAUUUAGAAAGAUCACCAGCUUCGAGGAAGCGUCGUAUUCCUCCACAGUCAGAAGUUGUAUAUCUUGAACAAUCCCCGCAUUUUUGUGAACCAGAUGCCAUGAUUGGUUCGGCUGGAACUCAAGGUAGAUUAUGUAACAAAACAGAUUCUAGCGGUAUGAACAGUUGUAAUGUAAUGUGUUGUGGACGAGGAUACAAUGAAAAACUAGAACGCAGAACUCACCCCUGUAACUGUACAUUUAUGUGGUGCUGUGAUGUGAAAUGUCAAAACUGUGAAACAGAGACAUUAAUCGCUACCUGUAAGUAAACAAUAUCACAUAUUCGGACUAAGUGGAGUUGGGCUAAGAAUACAUGAGGCCACAGGCAAACAUUAUAGUCACCAAAUGUACUGGAUGGUAGCCUUCAAUGUACUUAUUGUUCGACACCUGUGUAAUCUGUCCAUUUUUGUUAUUUUUAACUGAAAUGUAUUUUAAAGAGAACUCUAUAGAAAAAAAAAUCUAGGUCCAACUUGACCACUAAACCCACUCUGUGUUAAUGUUGAUUGUCAAAUUGUUUAACCCUUUAGUGUAGACCUAUACAAAAAUGUAAAAUAAAAUAAAUGAGUUAGAAUCAGGUAGCUAAUGUAGAAUGAACUGACAGUAUAUAUAGUCUAAAAAACUGUAGACCUAAGCAUAUCGCGUCUCCACCAACCUCCAUCUGACUUACUGAAAGCUCAGUUUAUAAAGUUGGAUAUAUAGUAUAGAUGGAAGCAUUGUGGUACACCGACCUUACUCUAAUGACGUACAGGCCUACCAAUUCUGAAAAUCAAAUUUAUCCUUGCUCCGAUUUUCUGUUUGUCAUACCGGCACAUCUUUAAAAGUUAGGCAUAAUUAAGCAUUAUUAAACUAGGAAUGAAUGUACUCGCAUUUAGACCAAAUGAAUACUGAAUAUAGGCCUUACGUUUAAAAUAUAUUUAUUAUUUAUUUACAGAUUGUUCAAUUUUAUUACAAAUGUUUAUUUUACGUCCGAUGUGUAUAAUAUUAUGCAAUGUAUUUUUGUUGAUCAAACUAAACUAGAGCUAUAUGUAAGUUAGAGAAUGUUGCAAUAACACGCAGCAGUCUUCAAUAUAAAAUUUGUAAUCCACCUUACACAGUAUGUAUUAUAUUUAUUUUCAUCUUUCCUGUAAAGUGUACAAAUGUAUAGUGUGUCAGAGUAUUUAUAGUAGUACAUACUACAAUUUAAGCAUAGAAAACGCAUUUUAGAUUAGACUUUAUGAAAAGUGCUGCAUGUCAAACACUUUAUUGCCUCUUCGAUUUUUUUUAAAUAAAUAUAUAAUAUAAUUAAUUAUAAGGUGUUUAUAAUUAUAUUAUAUUAUUAUUGUUUUAAAUGAAACAUACUUUCAACAAAAAUAAGUGAUACAUUGUCACAUAGUUAAAAGCCUAAGUUAUAUAUAAUAAAGUAUAAUUAUUAAUUGAGUUAUGAUAAUAAAAAGUGUCGAAACCUCCGAACAAUUUACUACAUUAUUUUGCUUUGUAAAACGAAUGGAGCAUUUUUCAUAUAGGCCUAAUUAUAAAAAAAAUCAAAAUACGAUACAAAUAUUGGCAAUUGUUUGAAUAAUAAAUGAUAAUAUUAAUGAUAAGAAGAAAUAAUAAAAGACCAAUUAAAUUUGUUAUUACGUACCAGAUUGUAAUUCUAUGCAGAAAAUAUAUACAAAUGUUUUAAUCUAUGUAUAAUUAGGUAAAAGGAGUAAUACUGAAAUAUUUGUCCAGGCUAACAUAUCUCGAAGUUGUUAGUCUCAUUACCUUGAUAUUUUGGCGUCAGAUUUUAAAAUAAUUUUUUUAUAUAAUCUUAUGCUCUUUUCGAAUAAAAUAUUUUGUAAAAAACUGA